AUGAUGGAGAGAACCGGUCACAUCAACAUUGCAAUGAUAGAAGACAUGGGCACCAACGGAACGGCCAGGUCAAAGGUCAUCACAGCCUUGGACCAGAACAAGCAGCCGUGCGGCUCCACCGUGAGCUUCCACAACAUCCAGUACAAAGUGCAGCUGAAGAGCGGCUUGUUCUGCAAAAGGAAAAUCAGUCACAGGGAAAUACUGGUCGACCUCAACGGGAUUAUGAGACCUGGACUCAACGCUAUUCUUGGACCGACUGGAAGUGGAAAAUCUUCAUUCUUGGAUAUUCUGGCUGCAAGAAAGGAUCCUUCAGGUCUCUCAGGAGAAGUGCUCAUUGACAAAGCACCACAGCCUCCAAACUUCAAGUGCCUCUCUGGAUAUGUGGUUCAGGAAGAUGUGGUCAUGGGCACCCUGACUGUGAGGGAAAAUCUGCGUUUUUCUGCAGCCCUGCGGCUGCCCAGCUCCGUGCCGCAGAGUGAGAAGGAGGCUCGAGUCAAUCACCUCAUUACAGAACUGGGUCUCACCAAGGUGGCAGACUCCAAGGUGGGCACACAGAUGACCCGGGGAAUCUCUGGAGGAGAGAGGAAGAGGACAAACAUCGGCAUGGAGCUGAUUAUUGAUCCUUCUGUUCUCUUUCUGGAUGAGCCGACCACAGGAUUGGACGCCAGCACAGCCAACUCUGUCCUACUGCUGCUGAAAAGAAUGGCCAGUCUCGGAAGAACCAUAAUCAUGUCCAUCCACCAACCAAGAUACUCCAUCUACCGACUGUUUGACACUCUGACUCUGCUUGUUGGUGGUAAAAUGGUUUACCACGGACCCGCACCAAACGCGUUGGACUACUUCGCCAACAUUGGCUUUCCCUGUGAGCCCCACAACAACCCAGCUGACUUCUUCCUGGAUGUUAUUAAUGGAGACUCCACCACUACAACCAUGACCAAAGUGCACGGCUCUGAAGAUUUGGACUUUGAGGAGCUCAGUGGCUCCAGGAGGAGCAUUGAGGAGCGCCUGGUGGAGGAGUACAGGAACAGCAGCUACUCCAGCGACACCAGAGCUGAGCUUGACCGCAUCAUCCAGGAGAAGAAGUGCAUCACAUGCUCAAAGUCCCGCACCAUCACAUACAACAGCUCCUUCUUCCACCAGCUGUGUUGGGUUCUCAAAAGAACCUUCCAGAACCUAAUGCUGAACCCACAAACAUCUGUGGCCCAGCUGGGAGUCCACAUAUUCCUCGGCCUCAUCGUAGGCGCCAUUUUCUUUGGGGUCAAAGACGAUCAGAGUGGUAUCCAGAACAGGAUGGGCGCCCUCUUCUUCAUCACUACCAACCAGUGUUUCAGCACUGUGUCUGCAGCUGAGCUCUUCAUCAUCGAGAGGCAGCUGUUUGUGCACGAGUACAUCAGUGGCUACUACAGAGUGUCCGUCUACUUCCUCUCAAAGAUCCUGUCGGACAUCGCUCUGCGCACCGCCACCUCCGUUAUCUUCAGCUGUAUCGUCUACUUCAUGAUCGGGCUGAAAUCCACCGCUGCAGCCUUUUUUAUCUUCACGCUGACUGUGACUCUGGUGGCCUACACAGCGACAGCCAUGACCAUGGCCAUCUCAGCUGACCAGAGCGUCGUGGCUCUCGCCAACAUCUUCAUGACCAUCACCUUCGUCUUCAUGAUGAUUUUCUCAGGUCUGCUGGUGAACCUGCCGAGCAUCAUGGACUGGCUGGCUUGGCUGAAGUACUUCAGCAUUCCUCGCUAUGGCCUCGCAGCUUUGAAGAUCAACGAGUUUGUGGGUUUGAAGUUCUGUGACGAGGCCGUGAUCCGAAGCACCAACAUGUCAGCUGCUGCGACAAACUGCAGUGUGAGCACAGUCGGCCUGACAUGUACAGGUGAGCAGUAUCUGGACUACCUGGGGAUAGAGUACAGCACCUGGGGACUGUGGGAGAACCACGUGGCUCUGACCGUUAUGACGUUCAUAUUCCUCAUCAUCGCCUAUCUGAAACUCCGCUUCAUCAAGAAAUUCACUUAAAUGUGUGAUCAUGCAUCUUUUAUUUUUUAUUUUCUGUAAAUCUCACCAAUUAAGGAAUAGUGAGACACAUUUUUUUUUCAUUUUUGCAUUAUGUUCGAUCAGACAACUGAUACCACUGUGAUGCAAGUAUGGAGCAAGCAGGACUGGAAGCGGGAGGGAACAACUAGCCUGGCUCUGUCUAAAGAUCAAAAAUAGAGUAUCUUGUUUGUUUAAUCCUUACCCUAACAGAAAUGUAGAAAGCAAUUCUGUGUGGCUUUUCUGUUGGUUUCCCUGCAACCUCGUGACUAUAAGAAGUUGCUUCAUCUGGCUGUUGUUGGUCAAGACAAAGUUACAGCAUCUAUCUGCAUAUAGAACCACAAAUUGUUGGUUUCGCUUCAUUGUGUAUUUUUGAACUUUGAAAAUAGUUAUUUCUGGGGUUCUGGUGUAGCCAGCAGCAGGCCAAGACUUCUUCCAUUUGCCAGUCAUUGUUUACAGUCUGAUUAACAACUUCAUUAACUUCUUGUAGGUUUUAACCCAUAAGAACCCAGACCCAGUUAUCCUUAAAGGAUGUGUUCUAUAAGUGGACCACAUAGAACAGAUUUCUGAUGUUUUUUUAAUCUAUUUUUUUUAAAUACUACCCCUAAAUGUCAAAGAUCUGUGAUGCGACAUAUAUGUUACAUUGAGCGUUUAUGGUAUUUAUGUUUAUAUUUCUUAUUUUAAAAUAGAAAAAAAAAUAGACACAUUUUCUGCUUACAGAGACACAAAUUUGCAUUUUCUUUGCGACUCCACAACAUAUAUCAAAUUUGUGACUUUAAUUUGUUCAAUAAAUAUGGUCAGAACAAGUUAAAUGCAAUACAGAAUUGUUAAAUGGGUUUAAACUUAGCCUAGUAACAAAAAAAUAAGCAUUUUCAAAUUAGCUACUUUUUCACAUUUCUGUUUCCAGUCACAGCCACAUUUUGGAGAAGUCACUUCUUGUCAAAGUCACAUGACCACCACACCAGGGUG